AUGGCCGCCGCCGCUGCACCCUCGCAGCAGUCAUCGUCCAUCUUCCCCAAGAGCCACGUCGGUUUUGACAGCAUCACCCACCAGAUUGAGAAGAAGCUCCUCAAGCGCGGCUUCCAGUUCAAUGUCAUCUGUGUUGGCCAGACCGGUCUGGGCAAGUCGACCCUCAUCAACACCAUCUUCGCCUCGCACCUGAUCGACUCCAAGGGUCGCUUCACUCCCGAUGAGCAAGGCCGCUCCACCACUGAGAUCCACCCCGUCACUCACGUCAUCGAGGAGAACGGUGUCCGCCUGCGCUUGAACAUUGUCGACACCCCCGGAUAUGGCGACUUGGUCAACAACGACAGAUGCUGGGACCCCAUCGUCAAGUACAUCAAGGACCAACACUCGGCCUAUCUGCGCAAGGAGCUCACCGCCCAGCGCGACCGCUACAUCCAAGACACCCGCAUCCACUGCUGCCUGUACUUCAUCCAGCCCACAGGUCACGCUCUCAAGCCCAUCGACAUAGUUGUCCUGAAGAAGUUGAGCGAGAUUGUCAACGUCGUCCCCGUCAUUGCAAAGGCCGAUGCCUUGACUCUGGAAGAGCGCCAGGCUUUCAAGGACAGAAUCAGAGACGAGUUUGCCUUCCACAACAUCCGCCUCUACCCCUACGACAACGACGAGUACGACCACGAGGAGACCGCCGUCAACCAACAGAUCAAGAACCUCAUUCCCUUCGCCGUCAUCGGUAGCGACAAGACUCUCAACAUCAACGGUCGCGCCGUCCGCGGCAGACAAAACAAGUGGGGCGUCAUCAACGUCGAAGAUGAGAACCACUGCGAGUUCAUCUACCUCCGCAACUUCCUCACCCAGACCCACUUGCAAGACUUGAUCGAGACCACCAGCCAGAUCCACUACGAAUCAUUCAGAGCCAAGCAGCUGCUCGCCCUCAAGGAGAGCAGUGCUGCUCCUCACAGUUCUAGCAGACCCAUCAGCCCUAGUGCCGAUCGCGAGCUCAGCCGCAACAGCAACAGAAUGACCAUGAACGGAUACAACUAG